AUGGCCCACUUUGGCCUCUGCCUGCUGCUCGCACUCCUGGGCACCCAAGCCCACGUGGCCGCCAUCCUGGGCCCCGACCGCCUCCUCAUCCGAAUGCGCCAGCUCCUAGAUAUCACUGACCACCUGCGGGUACUGGUGGACAAGCUGGGUCCUACCACACUGCCAGCCCCCCAGGAUGUCAAGAGACAUUGUGAGCGGUCAGCUUUCUCAUGCUUUCAGAAGGCACCAUUACAGCCAGUGAAUGCAGGAGAGAAUGAGAAGAUCAUCUCUUUACUAACCAAACAGCUGAGGAGAAAACUACCUCCGGCCCCGAAACAUGCAACGAGGAGACACAAACACAGAGACGCUUGCCCUCCGUGUGACUCGUAUGAGAAGACAACGACCAAGGAGUUCCUAGAGAGACUCAAAAUUCUCCUCCAGAAGAUGAUCCAUGAACGGCUCUCCUAG